GAUUUCAUGAUGCCGCGAACUUUGCUCGUCGUCGUUAUUCAGUGUUAGGUUUUUGUAAUUUAAAGACAUAUCCCUCUCUACUCUUAACAUAAUUUUUAACUAAUUUUAAUUAUUCCAAUUUGUAUGUUUAGCCCCAAAUAAAUUGUUGUACGUCGUACAUUCGUUUUGAUCGGAUUAGAAAAAUAAAAAAACAACCGCAGCCACCAUCAUCAGUCAGUGCACCCUUUUAUAACACAUACAGAAUGCAACAACGCCAGUUUACAUCGGGCAGCCGUCAGGCUCCAGAUCCAUAUGAUCAAUUUCUGGAAGAACAUCAAUUUUAUCGCAAGCAUACGGCACGGGAUGCCUCCUGCUUGUUUCGCGUCAUUUCGGAACAGAUGUAUGAUACCCAACUGCAUCAUUUGGCCAUACGUGAAAAAUGUGUCAACUACAUGCGUAAACAUCGGAAAUUCUUUCAAAAUCUUGUCGAUCGAGAUUUUGAUGAAUAUCUCGAUGAUAUGUCGAAGCCAAAAACGUAUGGAACAUUGUUGGAGCUGCAGGCAGCUGGUUAUCUUUUUGAACGAAAUGUUAUUUUAUUUGAGCCCUUCGAUUUGGGCAAAUAUUUCAACGAACACCGAUCAUAUUUUAAAGAAGUAUUUCGUGUUUUUUAUACGCCCGAGAGACAUUUUGAUUCUGUAUUCACAUCGGAAUACAUUCAAGAAGCGGCGAUCUGUCAAUCAAUCGUUUAUGAGAUCCUUUAUAAAGACUUAUUCAAAUUGCCCGAUGUUGCGUUUGCCGUUGAACAAAUGUUGCAUGGACCCAACUUUGAAAAUAUGGAAUAUACAACAAAUACCAACGAAGAUGGCUAUGCCACGCGUCUCUAUCUAAGUGAUGGACGUGAAUUUGAGCUGGAUUUGCCGCAUAAUACAGAUUGUAUUUUGGAAAAUUAUAAAUUGUGUCAUUUUCAUUACACAAAUUUUCCACGAUUUUCGGAUGAUUUACAGCGUGAGUUGAAGGGUGCCCAUCACGAGGACAAUGAGAAAAAUACCCUGUUAAUACAACGUACUGCCGAAUCGUUUUUGCCCAAUAAAUACAUGUCUUGUGUGCGACAAUUGUUGCAGGAGAAUAUUACACCAUUUCCCUAUAAAGUGGCUAAGGCAUUGGACCCGAAUAUGUAUCGUAAUAUUGAGUUCGAUUCGUGGAAUGAAAUGCGCAAAGAAAUGAAAUUACAAAACUGGUAUAACGGAGAUUCCAAUUUUAAGUUAAUACAUUACCACACCAAACGAGUUCGCAAAAUAUUCCAGGUUGGAGCUAAAUGUCAUGUUAAGCUACGUAAAUCUGAACAAGAUCUCUAUACGUGCCACAUUCAAGAAAUUGCCGUGGACAAGGGACAGUGUAUUGUAUUCGUUGAGCAAUUGGGUGAGAAACGAUUGGUACCCUAUGAAAACCUCACGCCAUUGCCACCGGAUCAAUUUAAACCAUGGACCGUACCGUAUCGUUUCCAAAGACAAAUGCAAAAGUUUAGUUCUGUCCGUUUUACACGACAAUACAAUUAUCGUUUUAAAUUCAAUUCUACCACCGAACAUCAUCAUCAUCAAUUCCAUCAACAGUUCUGUGGUGGUUCUGGUGGUGGCGGCGGUGUCAUGGAUAAUGACAGUUGUUCGAACAGUGAUUACAUCAAUGAGAGCGAUCCCAAACGCAGUCUUCACCAUCACCACAAUCAUCAUCUUCAUCACAAUCAGUGUACAGCAGCCGCUGCGGCAGCAUCCUAUUACAAAUUGAAACAGUACACACAUUUGGAGAAUUUCCGAACACAAACGGUGGAGUUUUGCACUAUGCCGCUGACGGUGGAACACAAUAGUGCAGCAGCAGGCACAAGGGAUGGAGAAACCGAUGUCAAGGGAACAAAUAGUAAUGGCCAACAGCAGCGUGGUGAUUUAAAUGACAACUCUAGAGCUACCUCAAGAUCAAACAGCAAUGCAGGUGGUGGUUCUCAAAAUGGUCUCUCUGAUGGUGGUAAUGUAGCCAAGCUCGGUGGAGAAUCCUCAAGUGGGGUUUUUGUUUCAACCAACGAGGAGCACAUGAUGCCGGGUGUUGCUUAUGCCCUGCAGCACGGUGAAGGUAUUUAUGAGUUUGAAAAUUAUAAUCCCAACGGGGCUCCAACAGCUGUAUAUGUUCCAGAACUGCAAGCAUACUAUCCCAUGUAUCCCUAUCCAGCAACAGCAGCAGGGGGUUUACUGCCCGAGGAAUAUUAUGGCUAUUGUGCCUAUGAUGCCGGCAUGGCUCCAGCACCAACUUUUAUGUCGGCCGUAAAUGGUUGUUAUUAUGUAUGUAGUAAUGGUCCGCCACCACCAGCACCGGUGGGAACUUUUAUGGCUUCAUCUGGUGGUCCGAAUCAAUUUUUGGCAGCUGCUCCCCAGGCCAUUGGUAUACCAGCUGCUCCACAAAAUCUUGCCAUGUAUGCUCAGGCACCGCCGCCACCAUAUGCUGCUGCCACCAAUCAAUGUCCAUCUAUUCAGGUUACAAAUAGCGGAACCGCAGCAGCAAAUAUUGGCAACAGUUCCACCCAACCCUCAUAUACACCAUCACCACGAUUAUCACGCAACGGAAACAGUAAUCUCUCAACUACUCCGCUAAGUGGUCGCAUAAAUUAUGAUGCUCGGAAAUCAUACAAGGCCAGUGGUGUAGAUUUGCCCACCGAUACCGCAACAUUGAGAUUUUUCUAUAAUCUUGGCCUGGAUUACUAUCAUCAAAAGCAGGCUAAAUCCAAUGAGUCCAACAAUGAACAACCCAAAACCACGGAGUUGGGAAGUAAUGAAGAUGUUGACAACUUGACGUCUGAAUUUCAAAAUAUACGACUGGAUGAGAAUGCCAAUCAGGUACCUACACCAAAUACUGUAAAAUCCGAUGCCAAUAACAAUACCUUAAUGCCAGAGAUGGGGGGAAAUGGACCUGCUGCUAACAACAAUGUCGUCAAUGAUAAGCAACAGCAACAGUCUGUUGUAUCACAACAACAUAACAACAAUAGCAACAGCAACAAAAACUCAAAUGCCACAACAUUAGGCAGUAAUAAUUCAAUGUCGACAAAUACUGGCGUAAAUAAGACCAAUCAUCGUCGUUAUUCCUCCAGAUAUUUCAACAACAAAGAUCGCCCAAUGCAGCAACAACAGCAGCAUCAUCAACAUCAACAACAACAGCAGCAGCAACAUUACCAUCAUCAGCAACACUCGUCGGCACGUAAUCACAUGAAUUCUUCGAAUAUGGGAAAUGGCGGCUCAUCGUAUUCCAAUCAUUCACAACAUUCGAAUCAAACAUCUCGUAAUAAUGUUGUCAAUCAUAAAAAUACUGGUGGUGGGGGAGGCUAUUUAACAUCGACAACACCAAACUCCUCACGUGGUGGUAGUGGUCAAAAUCACCAAGGCGGAGGAGGGGGAUUAUUGCAACAUCCACAAUCUGCCCAUCUUCAGCCGCCAUCGCAUGUGGCUAUGUCCGAGCAUUCGGUUCAAACUUCUCCCAUGUGUGGCUAUGAUGAUGGGUUUAUGGUCAACGAUUCGCGUAACUGCAAUACCCCCACUUCGAAUAACUCCAAUGUAAACACCAUACUUGCUUAUGGUCCUUAUGGACCUGGAGGUGGCGAACAAAUGGCCGAAACUGCUGGUAUGUGUAACGGACCCUAUGGUGUACCAUUGGCUGCAACAUCUGGUGGUGUAUUUGUACCGAUGCAAAUGGCUGCAACCGGUCCACCACCGCCCUAUGGCAUGUAUGCAUCUCAUCCGCCGCCACCAGCACCGCCGGCUUAUCAUGCCGCUACAUCGGGUAUUCCACCAAAUUACAUGAAUGGACCAUUACAUUUGGCACCACAACCACCACCAAUGCCACCUGGAGGAGGAACAGCAAAUUCCACUACUUCAAGUUCGGACACCACGGAAAACAGCAAUGUGCCAGCAGCAUCCAUGGAAAUGAUGAAUAAUAAUUUAACACCAUUACAGUGUCCAAGUUAUCCGCCACCACCACCAAUGCCCUAUUACUAUGCUUCGAAUGGAGUGCCGGCGCCACCAGCAAAUGGAAAUGGUGCUACUAUGGGAAAUGGCGGUAAUGGUGGUGUUCAUUUGAUAACACAAAUGGCUCCGCCGCCUACCCCCACAAAUCAUGGUAUGACCCCAACAUUUUCGACACCCCAUCCUGCGAUGGGUGCUCAGGGUUACUAUUGUUUGCCACCACCGCCAACCCCUCAUGCACAGCAGCAACAACAAAUGCCUCCCCCACCAACACCACAACAGAUGCAACAACCUUCUCCAAUGACUAACAAUAGCGCUCGAUCGGAUGUACCCACAUCAAAUAAUGAAUAGAGUAAAACCAAAAGCACCAUGAUGGCGCGGCUGGAUCAUACAUACAACCUCAUUUAUAACUAUCACACCCAAGAGUUUGACUUCUUGACCAAUUUACCUCAGUGUCGCAUAGAGACACAUUCAAAUGCAUACUUAGUCUAUGUAUACAAUACAUAUGCCUUAACUUGUCCUUAAAAUCACUUUUUUUUAUAAAAAUGCAACUAUUUAUAUAUAAAUGUAGAAUAAUGUAUAGCUUGUACAUUUCAUCAUAAGUCAAUAACAUUUUUAUCCUCAUUAUUACUAAUUUGUAAGUUAACAUAAAACACUCACUCACCUAUCACAACAAAAGUUUCCUUUUUAAACGCACAUAACUUACUCACCCUGUUUUGUUUGGCAAAGCCGCAACUAUCUAUCUACUAAAACUUAGUUCUAGAUUUUAAUUAUGUCCCCAUCGGCUAGGGUUUUUUUUUAUUGUUAACAAUAUCAACAACAACCACAGUUUUUAAAGUUGUCAAACUAACAAAGAACAAAUUAAGCCCAUAUAUAUUAUCGAAUUCGAUUUUAAAUAUGUUUUAAUUUAAGAUUGGAAGAAAUUUACAAAAUUUCAAUUUAACGAAACUUUUACAUUGUCGUUUAAUACAUUUUUUGUUAUGUAUGGAGAAAAUCUAUUUCCACUUUCGAUCACAUU